CUGCUAGGUAGGAGUCAAAAGGCUACAUGACAAAACAUGGCCGGCUUCCGUGUGUGUUAAUGUAUGCUAACGCUCCUCUUUCAGUUGACACUCCCACUUUUCGGUGCAGAUGCCCCGCAGGGCACGCGCCGGUCCCGUCAGUGUUUCCCUGUUGGUAGAAGCGCGUUGCUCUCGCCAGGGGAUUGGAGCAGCAGCGUGUCAGUAAAGUCACCUCACCCACAGUUGGAAGUGUUUGGAGACGCGCGGCGAGACGCCGAGACACCGAGAGAGAGAGAGAGAGAGAGAGCGGCAGCACGAGAGCGCUGCGCUUUAAUCCGUCAGCGCCGGACUCGACGUCACCCGAAGCGACAGCGAGCGAGCGCGCGCGCGCACUGGAGAUUUAGCGACGCGGGUCAUGGAGGAGGAGAUGCUGGCGGCGGACGACGGUCUCUCGGAGCCCAAAAUGGGCGGCCAGCCGCGGAGCUUCGCGAGCAAGCGUGCGAAGGCGAGGCACGAUCGACCCACCAUGGUUGAGAUCCCACAACUGGGGGACGGCGCGAGCCAGCGGCGCUCUCAAGCCAUCGCGCACAAUCAGUCGUACCCGUAUCAGCAGCGACUGCAGCUCCAUCACCCAGCCAUCCAUCAAACGCAACAUCAGUCUCAGUCAGUGCAUCGCUUUACCGGGGAAAUGAGGGCCAGAGUCGCGACCUCCAGCUCAGCAUCAGCAUCGUCAUCGUCAUCGCCAUCAGUCUCAUCAGCGUUAGGCAGCGCAGCGGUGUUUUUCGGCCACCAGGGGAGAGUCCGAUACGCCGCGGGCCACCAGUCUCCAGACUGCAGUUACGAAAUAAGCUCAGAAAACCGGCUGAUUCUGGACGCAUUUGCACAGCAGUGCAGUCGAGUGCUCAGCCUCCUUAACAGCAAUGGCAGGUUGCUGGGGCCACAGCGGACUUUGAGCCCCUCGUCCUCCUCUAUCAACUCCAUCAUCAAGCAGGAAGCUGGAUGCUCACCUGAGCUGGCUGUUGCCAAGUCCAGGCCUGACGAGUCUCAGGCGGGCAGCACGGAGGACAAAUGUCAACACAGGCAACAGUGGAACUCACAGCACACCUCAACCCUCCUGCAGGUCUUCACUGAGUCUCUGCAGAACUACCUGCUGGCUGGAGCUCAAUCCUCCGAGGGUGAGCGCUGCCACCAGUCCGAGCCUGAGCCCGCAGCACCUGUAUCACCAGCACACAACCUGGGAGGCUGGGCAUCUCCGGCACCCUCCGACUCGUAUGGACACCCUUCCUCCACCCUGCCUGAGGAAGAGGAAGAAGAGGAAGGCUGCUGCCCACGCUGCAUGGAGCUGGAGCAGGAGGUGCUGAGCCUUCAGCAGGAGAACGAGGAACUGAGGCAAAAGCUGGAGAGUGCUCCAGUGCCAUGUCAGACAGUGCUGGACUUCUUUAAGUCCGUCCUUGGACACUACACCCAGUUCAAUCCUCCGCCGCCACCUGAGGAGCAGCUCACUGAGACUUGUGCAAGGAGUGCAAUGCAGGAGUAUUCAAACCACUACGAAAUAAACUGUCACCAGAGACCGAAAACAGAACAGGGAAGUAAGCAGCUGCUGGGGAACUAUCCUCUCUUCAUCACCAACAAACAGUGGGACGAGGCAGUGAACUCCUCGAAGAAGGACGGGCGUCGGUUGCUGCGCUACCUCAUCCGCUUCGUGUUCACUACAGAUGAGUUGAAGUACUCAUGUGGCCUGGGCAAGAGAAAACGCUCGGCCCACAUGAGCGAGACAGGACCCGAGAGACGGCCGCUCAACCCCGUCAAAGUCAGCUGCCUCAGAGAGUUUAUCCGGAUGCACUGUGCGUCAAACCCCGACUGGUGGAUGCCAUCUGAAGAGCAGAUUAAUAAGGUGUUCAGUGAUGCUGUGGGUCAUGCACGCCAGGGCCGGGCUGUGGGCACAUUCCUGACUGUAGGUGGACACAGCGGUAGUGGGAGCAGCAGCAGCGGAAGCAGUCUCUACCUGGAGGGUUAUGAUGGACAGCUGUCUCAAGACGAGCUUUUUAUGAAGAGCUCACAGAAUGGCAUUGUGGACUAGGCCUUUCUGAGGAGGACUGAGGCUAACUGGCUGUUUCGCACCUUUAGUACAGUAUCUUCUUUUUUCAGAUUUCUGUAGCCACGUUUAUGUUGAUAUUGGUUAUUGAGUCCAGGAUUUCAUCAUGACCUAAUGAGACAAAAAAGCAAGCAGACAAACAAAAUGAAAACUGAAAAGCAUUCCAGAGACUCACAUGUAAAAAAGACAUUCUCUACAGCAGUAUUUCUUAAUCGUGGUCCUGGAGAACCCCUGUGGUGUACAUUUCAGUGUUUUCUUUUCUCGAAAUCACCCAGUUCAGGGUUGUUAAUGAUGUGUGUUGAGAGCAAGGAAGAGUGCCAAAAUAGGCAGGAGAGGGGUAACUCCAGGACCAGGAGUGAGAAACAAUGCUCUUACAGCAUGCGCUGUUGUAAGUGGAUUCCUCCACCCUGCUUGCUGUAAUAUGGUAGCAUUGCACAGCCAAGUGUUUGUUCCUACAAGUCAUUGUUGAGCAGUGUGUUUUUCAGGGCAUGGAGUCACACAUGGCAAGGAGAAGUACACAAAUCAUCAAAUCACAUAAUUUAUAUCUUUUAUUACACUAAUUAAGCAUCAUAUAACAUUUUAGGAAGGAUAGAAAAACAAACCCAAAUGUAUUAAUUGUAAUGAUGUUCACUGUAAAUAAGGAUGUGAGCUUCCGAAUGUCUGAGUCUGUGUGCACACACAUAACAUAAUAACAAGGUGCUAUUCUAACAUUGCAUUCUGUAUAACGAAGAACAUAUCAGUGAAUUUACUCCUAGAUGAGAACGUAUCCUCUUUUAUUUUGUGGUCACAUGAUUGUUGUGGUAUAAUCAGUUUCAUGGUAUUUGAUGGAGUCGAUUCUGAAAUGUGUCCAUGUUUGUGAAUAUAAAAGUAAGGAUAUGGCAAUCUCUAACUUGUUUCUACAUUAGGGGGCAAUCUAAUAUAAACCGUAUGCUGGGUGUUCCAGAAAAUUCUACACAUAUGUUUGCUGGCCUGAUUAAAUCUAUUGAGCAUUUGCAUGGUCAACUGCAAAGAUGUGUGUAACCAUAAGGCCUGGACUUAUCCAUGGGUCAUUGUGCAAAGGGUGCAAUUCUUUGCUUAUGGACUCUGAGAUGCCUUAAAUAGAACUCAUAUACUGCCAAUUUUUGUCUGCUGGGACUUUACAUAUGCUGAAAUUUCUGACUGAUCAUACUGUUUUCAACAAAACUAGCCAAAAUUCAAAACUAUUGCUAUUUCUGAGGUCUUAACUGAGUUAAAGAAUAAUAUAGGAGACAUGUGUAUGCCUGCCGUGUGUGUGUGUGUGUGUGUGUGUGACUGUGUGUGUGUGUGUGUGUGUGCGCGUAUAACAUACUUUACUGUGGUUGUGUAUACUCAUGGUAGCUCAGAUAGUUACCCUGUUAUCCUAUACAUAGGAAUUGUGUGGGCACUGUGAAAUGAACCAUAAACUGUUCUUUGUCCCUAAAUGUAAAUAGAAUAUUGCUAUAACAAGUGUCAACAAUUGUUAUUGUGGUUUUUUUUUUUUUUUUAAAUCAUUCAAAUGGAAAGUUUUGUAUUUAUGUGUCCUAAUUAAAUUUUGGCAAGAUGUGUUAGUCACACAAUCAAAUAUAGUAUGCCUACCUGACAUCAGUACCGUUACAAUAUGCAAAAGUUUGCAUACUCUUCUGAUUUAACCAAUAAGGCAUUUAUUUCAAGUUAGGUCAUGCAUGCUACGCAAGUUUUUAAAAAAAUCAAAUAGUCUAUGUUGACAUACCACUAGUUACACUCAAAAUGAUAUUUAUGAAUGUGAUAUAAACAGGAACUUUUGUUCUACGUGCAUUAGGGUGUUUUUCAAAUCUUAAUUUGACCAUUUGUCAUGACCACGAGUACUUCCUCUGUUUUUUGUUUGUAUUUUUUAUUUUUUUAUUUUAUUUUAUUAUUAGUUAGCGUUGGAGUUUGCAUGUUCUCCCUGUGCUUUGGGGGUUUCCUCUGAGUACUCCGGGUUUCCUCCCCCAGUCCAAAGACAUGCAUUGUAGGCUGAUUGUCAUCUCUAAAUUGUCUGUAGUCUGUGAAUGUGUGUGCGAUUGUGCCCUGUGAUGGGUAUUAUUAUUAUUAUUAUUACUACUACUACUACUACUGUAACACUUACAGCAUUUUCUGUUUUUAGGUAUUGUCUCCUUGAGCAUGUGAGCCUCAAACAGGAUGCAAACUUUUGUGCUCAACUAUACUGAAAGCUCAAACACCAAUUUGAUGCAAGUAUGUAUGGCUACAGCCUGGAGACCUCCAAGUGGGUGGUACAAGUGGGGGGCAAGUAGGCGGGGUUUUGGAAAUGGGCGGGAUUUAGUUGAAAAUCCAGAAGUAAUGGCAAGUAUGCGGAAAAGCCCUACCUAGUGCAAAGAUGCAUAAAUGAUAACAAAAACACCGAUUUAAAACUAAAUAUUAGCACUUUUUCUUGUAGUUUUAAUUUAAUUUCUUACAGGUUUGUCAUAUUGUAUGCGUGGGCAGUGGUAGCUCAGUGGUUAAGGUGUUGGUCCACUGCUCAGAAGAUAAGAGUUCACACCCCAGCACCACCAAGCUGCCACCAUUGGAGCCUUGAGCAAGGCCCUUAACCCUCAAUUGCUCAGAUGCAUAAAUGAGAUAAAUGUUAGUCACUCUAGAUAAGAGCAUCUGCCAAAUAACAUAAAUGUGACGCUUCAAGCAUAAGCCUGACUGGUAGGUAGAUGAUUGCUGGCAGCAAAUAAUAAUAUGUCCAAAUGCCAUUCUAUUUGAAGAUAGAAGUUUAUAUAAUAACUGUCUAAUAUUAAAUAUUAAGUUUACAAUUCAACAGUAUCAAGAUGGAAACAAACUUAAAACGAGAUAUAACUGCAGUGAAGUGAAUGUGUAACA